GUAAAACCCGCUCUUAAGCUGUGUCAGUGAAUAACAACGAAGCUCUUUGUUUUUGCCAGAAGCAAGGUGAUAUGCUUCUGUUUUUGCUCAGUGUUUCGCUGGAGGGCAGAAUCAAUUAGUUUACUUAAGAGCAGUAUUCAAAUUAGAGGUGCAUACAGUUGAUGAUUUGCAUUUGAAAAGGUUGCGUGGCCGGAGGGAAGUCACUUGGUUAACUAUCGUGUCUGGCUGCAGAACCCAGCGCUUGGAAACCGAGUGGAAAGAUUUGAAAGCUGCUUUUCACCGAUAUCUUUGUUAAUCAGACCAGAGCAAGGUUAUUGUGACCGCUUCAGAAUUGCCUAAACCCACAGCCGUAGCGGCAAAAGACUAAGCUGAACGAAGUUGGCUGGAGAAGUCAUCGGGACGUGACGACCGUGUUCUUAACCUUGUCGAGAUCUUCUGUGAUUUUUUUCAACGCAAUAACACUUCAACGAAAGUCUUCCAAGCCUUUUCCAGCGCUGCACAGAAUAGAUAUUCAAGUCGCUCAGUCGAAGCCUUAUCAUGCACACGGUUAAGAAAUACGCUUUCUAUGUACAGUUACUUGGCUUCGCCCUUUUUGUCAAGUCUUCGCAUGAAAACACAGCGAAAACUCCCGCCAUCUUCGCCUGCAAAGUUAAUCUAAGCGACAACUUCGUCGUCGAAUGGAGUGUUAAUGAAACGGCGAAAAGCGUUGAAUUCAAAGUGAAUGUUACCAUCGACGAGAAAGGUUGGGUUUUACUUGGAUUCAUGCCUAUUCCAAAGAAUAAAUCUUCCGACAAGAAUUAUCAGAUGAAAUUAAGCGACACCCGUGGAGAUUUUUUGAUAACUUGGCCAUCUUCCUCGUCAGAAAGGACGUCUUUGGUAAGAGACUUUCUCACUUGUAAAAUCUUAGGCCAGCAUGAAAGGUCUGGUACGAAAUUAAAUGGAAAAUGCUUACUCUAUCCUCAUCUGAAAAAGGGCAAGGGUUUGCCCCUUGAGAACUGGGUAUACACUCAGAAAAGAUUCAUAGAGUACUUCCUUAACAAGUGUUUUAUUUCCCUUCAGGAUGAACCUAUGUGGAUUUUUGGUGCUUACGGCAAUUCUAAUGACUAUUUUAAAGACCUAUCGGCCAUCACAAGUAACAUCAAUGACAAUCUGGCCAUGAAAGAGGUCAUUAUUGUGCAGAAGAGUAACAAGAAAGAAGACAGUAUAAAGCCUUGGCAUAAAGUGCUUAAAGGUAUCAAAGAACAAAUGGAGAAACAUUGGAUAGGUGUUGCACUAGCGGUGUCUGGAGUGCUGACAAUUGUGAUUACUGGAACAGUUUACUGUUGCUUCAGGAAAAGCAGAAAUGAGUUCAAAAGCAAGAAGCUCAAAAUGACAUUCUACAGAGAGGAUGAAGAUGAUGAGGCUCGUGUAGCAUUUCUUCACUCGCGCACCUGACGAUGCAACAAUAAUAAUUGAUAUUCUGGCAGAUUGUGCAUGCUCUAUACUAGUCAUCUUAAAGACUUCAACAUGUUGUCUUGAUAGUGCAGUCGAAAAAAUAACCUGACCAGGCAUUCUGGUCCGGAAAAAACGAAAGUAACAUUUUGGAUAAUGACAAAGUGUUUUCUUGUUCUUGCCUUGUCACUGAAAACCAGAGUUCAAAGUUACAUGUAAAAGCUGCAUUCUACUUUUUCAGAAAUUUCCCAUUGGUAAAUUAAGUAGUUUAAAUUUGUUGUAAGAAUAGUUUUGAUACCUACAACAGGACAAUAGUUUUGGCAAUUAAAUUCUUACCAUUACAAUCAGCUUUACUUAACUAUUUUUCUAACAGUGGGAAUCAAGAAUUCAGUCUUCUAGCCACAAGUUUUAAAAAGUCACUAAUCAAUAAGAAAAGUUUUGAAAGCCAGGUGUACAAAGUAAUAGUCUGUAUAUUUUACUCAUUCAGACAAUUUAAAUUCUCUUCACUGUCCUUUCAAGACAUAGUGAAAUUAGCUUUGAAUGUGAUCAGAGUUUUGACAAUAAGUGAUAUAAUAUCAAUAGUCUGUAAUUUUCUUUGAGGAGUUUUCAUUUAAUGUCAUACUGCUAGAGCAGUUUUCAAUCGAGUGUCAAAAGUAAUCAGGCAAUUAUACUUUAGUUUUGGUUUUACCACAGUUUGAAA